UUAUUCCAAAUGUGCUAUGUGUAUUAUGGCCAUUAUGCACUUGACUGGCUUCGAGACUCGAGACUACUACUCGAGUUUAUCGAUUUCGAUAACAAUAAUUACUAUUAAUUAUCUGUAUUUAUAUUAUUUAUCAAAACUCAAGAUUCUAGUUUCGAGUGUUUCGACAUUAGAGAUUUCGACUGUCGGCUAUCUAACAACUCUGUACGACUUACAUUUCAUAUUUUUUAAUUAUAAUUGUACAUAAUAUUACGCAGAACGAUUACCUAAUGAAUGAUAAUUAAAAUUUUUUCAACAAUGUAACAAGAGUGAAUUCAUAGACGUAGUCAUUUUUACAUAAUAUUAUGUUUGUUAUUACUAAUUUGUUUAACUAGUAAAGUGUAACCUAUUAUAGGUACUUAAUUAAUUCAUUUGCUUGUUAUGAAUUUUCUUCUAUUAAUUUAAAACAUUAAAUAAUUGUAUGUUAUGUAAAACUAUUAACAGUACCAUAUUUACUUAAUAAUAUCAUUGAGUACUAAACAUAAUAUACAUUGUAUAUAAAUAAAAUAAAUAAAAUAUUUACUAUUGACUACCUACGUAUAUUAAAUUAAAAUACCUACUUUUUAUAAAAAUUUAUUUUUAUUUGUAUUUUAUUCAACUAUAUUUAAAAUUAUGGAUUUUGAAAAAACAACUAUAAGAGUGGGAAUACUAACAAUUAGUGACUCUAGAACACCUUCAACAUCUGAUAUUAAUUCAUUUGACUCCAGUGGCCAUAAUUUAAUUAAAUUGAUUAAUGAUUCAAAUGUAAUUAAAUCGGCUAAAGUAGUUCAGUAUGAUUGUGUCACUGAUGAUUUUGAUAAAAUUCAGGCAAAAAUGUCUGAAUGGUGUUCUGAAAGAAAGGUAGAUGUUUUAUUGAGUACAGGUGGUACAGGUUUUAGUUCAAGAGAUGUAACUCCUGAGGCAACUCUUGGACUUGUUCAAAAAUUGACACCUGGUAUAAGCCAAGCAAUAAUGAAUGAGAGUUUAAAACUUACUCCAAUGGCAAUGCUUUCUAGAGCAGUGUCUGGAAUAUAUGAAAAAACUUUAAUUAUUAAUUUACCAGGGAGUGCUAAAGCUAGUAAAGAGUGUUUAUCUGUUGUUGCUCACACUAUACCACAUGCUGUUUCAUUAAUCAAAGAUGAAAAAGAAAUUUCAAAACAAUUUCAUAAGCAGCUAGAUUUCACAGCUAAUAACAAAUCAAGAGUUCCGGAAUGUGUAACAAAAAUUGCGUGUCGACCCAGAGAAUCACAAUUUCCAAAAAUGUCCAUGAAAUCAGCUUUAAAUAUUUUAAAAGAACAUGCCGUCUUACAAUAUACAGAAAACAACAAAAUUAAGUAUCCUGCUGUUUUGAUUUUUUCUACUGGCGAUGAACUUAUAAGCAUUAAAGAUUCAUAUGGUGAUUGUAUCAGAGACACUAACUCUGUUAUGAUAAAACAAAUAUUGGAACAAGACCAUUAUAAGGGGCAGGUAUUCAAUUUUGGAAUUGUACGAGACAAUUGGGAUGACCUUUGCAAACAUUUUGAAGAUGCAUUUAACAAUGCUGAUAUAAUAAUAACCAGUGGAGGUGUAUCUAUGGGCGAAAAAGAUUUAAUUAAACACGUGCUCAAAGAACAUUUUAAAAGUAAAAUUCAUUUUGGAAGAGUUAAUAUGAAACCAGGAAUGCCAACUACCUUUGUGACGCUUUUUUUCAAAGACACAAAGAAAUAUAUAUUUUGUUUGCCUGGUAAUCCUGUGUCUGCUGGUGUUUGUACACAUUUAUUUGUAUUGCCAUAUUUAAGAUCAGUUUCUGGAAAAAAGAUAAUUAUCCAUUCUUUAAAAGCAAAGCUAACACAUCCUAUCAAUGGAUUGGAUAUUAGACCAGAAUAUCGAAGGGCGUUGCUGAAGUAUGAAAAUGGAGAAUUAUACGUGUCAUGUUUGACUAAUCAUCAACAAAGUAGCAGGCUUUUGAGUUUUGUGGGUUCUAACUGUUUACUCCAUUUACCUCCGUCAUCAGAAGAAGCAAAUAUUGAAUCAAGUACAAUUAUGGAUGUUACACUAAUUAAAAGUAUAGAAAAUACAUAUAUUGCACCAAUAUUAAAUGAAACAAACUUAUCUAUCGAGAUAAUCAAAAAACAAGGUAUUUCUGACAAUAUAAAAAAAGAAGAACUGCUUCUCUUUUCAUGUAUUAAUGAUGUACUGCAUUUGAUGACAGAAAAUAUAUUUGAAGCUAAAACUAAAAACAUACCUACUGACUCUGCUAUGGGUUAUGUUUUAUAUUCACCCGUUUAUUCUUCUGAAAAUUUACCACCAUUUCCAGCUUCUAUAAAAGAUGGGUAUGCUAUUAAGUACAUUAAUGAGGAUUGUUGGUCUCCAAACUCCAAUAUAUUUAAUGUUGUACAAGUAUCAGUGGCUGGUACAGCUCCUGAUUGUCAAAAAGAGAUUAAGGAAGGAGAAUGUGCACGUAUUAGUACUGGUGCACCUUUACCACCAGGAGCUAAUUGUGUUGUACAAGUUGAAGAUACAGCUGUUGUAUCUAAAUCAUCUGAUGGAAAAGUUGAAUUGGCUAUUUCUAUAUUAAAAGAACCUAAACUAUUUGAAAAUGUUAGAAGUAUUGGUUCUGACAUCUCAGUAGGACAACAUCUUUUAGAUCAGAAAACUGUUCUAGGUCCCUUUGAAAUAGCUUUGCUACGUUCUGUAGGUUGUGAAAAUGUGCAAGUGUAUAAAUGUCCAUCAAUACACAUUAUUCCAUGUAAUGACAAUUCGGCAUAUGCAAUAUCUCAUAAGUUAAAGAAUAUGUUGGAAGUGGCUGACUUUAAAGGAAACUUAUUUAGUCAAUUAUUAUGUAAAAACAUAACCAAUUUCUCUGAGCUCUUUAAAAACGUAUUUGAUUAUGAUGAUGUCAUUAUUAUUUGUGGUAGUUUUUUUGAAUUUUGUGAUGUUGUUGAAUCACAUAUUCAUAUUCGCAACGAUACACGCAAGAUUUCACUUGGAUUUGGUAGAAUGAACCACAAUGAGAAAAAUGUAGUAUUUUUACAUAUUGGUAUAUGUGACUCGGAUUAUAUCUAUAAUUGUGUACAUUUAUUCAUAUUACCUUUUUUAAGAUUUACUACUGGCAGAAAAAAAAUUAUUUCUUCAAUAAAAACAAAAUGUAAUGUGACCUUGCAUAAUUUACCUUUAGACAAAUUUGAAAAAGCUGAACUUGAUUAUGAAAACGGAGAUUUCAAUGUUACUUGUUUCACAAUGAAUCGUCAAAGUUGUCUUGUAAAUAUACCAUCUUCUGCAGACAAAAUGAAUAAUAAGUUAAAAGAAGAAAAAAAAACUGAAUUAGAUGCAAUUGUUACUGAAAAUUCUGAUUCUUAUUUUAUAUAUUACUAAUUAUUAGAUUUUUUUUUUUAUUUCAAAAUGUAAUUUUUUGAACUGUAUAUUUAAUUUUAUUGAAACAGAUUUAAAUUUUUCAUCUAUAUAGCUACUAAUCUAUUGUUAAAUAUUGAUUCUAUCAACUACCACUAUAAAAUAAAAUAUAAUACAUAGAUACUAAUA